AUGGCGCUUCAGAAAGCUGUCACCGAGCAUCAACUAGCCAUCCCCUACGGCAAAGACAUACCCCUUCCAGCAUACUUGUAUGUGCCAAAUCAGUUUGGAAAGAGUGACGGUGUACCUCUGGUUAUCAGUCUGGCAGGAGGAGGCUUCAUGCAGGAGAAAAUUUUGAAUGGAUCUGCUGAAGCCAUUCCGUCUUCAAUCAUUAGAAGACAACAACAAAUGGAGAUCGACAUGUGCGAUAAUUGUGUGAUCAAGGCAUACCAGUUCCAGGCCGGAUCACCCAUCAAUGGCGGAUACGCACUUCAGGCGAAUCACAGCUCUUUGACGGCAAGCUGUUCGAAAACUGGCUUCCCUUUAGCGACUUCGACAGCCCCUUUUGAAAGACCAACUCCUACCCCCACUACACCGGGAAAAUGUACCGGCAAGACGUACACAAUCAAGUCUGGUGACACUUGUCGAUCAAUCUCCAAAGCCGAGAACAUCGCUACGUCGUGGCUUCUUGCGGAUAAUGGACUGAAGGCAUUUUGUGCAGAGUUCCCUACCACAGGUGACCUCUGCAUCCAGAAUACCUGCAGCACCUACACAGUCCAAAAGGGUGACACUUGUCUUGAUAUAGCCAAGGCGAACAGGAUAAGUCAGGUGCAAUUAUACACAUGGAACCCAGUCCUUGGAUAUCUCUGCAACAGGAUCGAAAAGUCCGUCGGCGACACCAUCUGUGUAACUCCACCAGGUGACCAAGACUUCGAGCCCAACCCAACAACAACCUUAAUCCCCACGCCUAUCCCCACUGCAACGCCGACUGCAGCCCCAGUUCCAGGUGACCUUGCCAACGGCACCAACACUAAUUGCGCCAAGUUCUACCAAGUCCAGCCAGAAGAAUACUGCAACCUCCUCGUCAUCAAGUUCAGCAUCAGCCUCGACGACUUCCGCUUCCUCAACCAAGGCAUCAACGACAAUUGCACGAACCUCUUUGCAUUUGAGAGCUACUGUGUCGAGCCCGUGGGCCCCGUGAAUGAGUACCCGGGCCAUCCCGACUACAUGCCUCCUGCAACGUCGGUGCCGGAGAUCCCGUACGACAGCCUCCCCAAGGCAACGUUUACCGCGCCCCCGAUACUCGGAUUGCCGACUCCAUCGCCGUUGGCCAAGGGGACGAGGAAAGAUUGCUUUCUGUUCAUGAAUGGCGCAAAUUUGACCGUUGACGAGACGAUACUGCAAGCGUAUUCGUCGUCUUGUGCGGCGCUUGCUAAAGGAUGGGGGGUUACAUUGGAGCAGUUGGAGAACUGGAACCCAUGUCUCACAACUAACUCUACCGACUGCGCCCCAGCAAAAGACCUUCGAUAUUGCAUGGCAGCAUACAGCGGCGGCGGAUCGCCCGUGAACGCCACCUUACCUGACGAAGCGGCAGGCUUCUAUCCGAUCAGAGAAGGCGCUAUUGAGGGCUGUGUCGAAUACGAAGCCGUCGUCCCUCCAAUGACAUGCCAGUCGUUCCUCGAUUGA